AUGGGAAACCCGGUGAGGUGGCUGUCCCUGGCCCUCUGCCUGCAUGGGCUGAAAUCAGACUUGAUUGUCCGUAUCUCUCCUCCAUUCCCAGUGUUUCAUAACUAUUCCUGUAUCUUUCCAUUCGUGUACGAUGACAUCAUCUACUACAACUGCAUCUCCGUCCGCAGUGACUAUGCCUGGUGCUCUAUCGACAAGAUAUUCCAAGGUAGAUGGCGGUACUGCACCGCGGAAGAUCCCCCAAGCUGUACCUUCCCUUUCUUGUUCAGAAAUAAAUACUUCUAUAAGUGCACCAAGGAAGGCUAUGUUUUGAGUCGGAGUUGGUGUUCAUUGACAAGAGAUUAUAACAAAGACGGAAAAUGGAAACAGUGCUCCCCUUACCAGUAA